AUGGCGUCCAUCAAGGACUUGCUGAAUCCGAUGCCUGAACAAACACCAAACCCUCCCUCUCAGAGCAAUGAGGAACCUUGGCCGCCAUUUCAAAGAUGGGAGCGCCAACGGCUUCUUCAGGGCUUCCGGGGCCGCAAACAACGUAUACCAGCGGUGCCAAAAACGGGGCGUGAGGCUAAGUCGAAGACGCCCAAGGAUGGUGCUAUCUUCAAACUUGGUAAGCCUAAGGGUGAAGUUCGCUAUCCUCCUUGCGAGGAACGUGAUGAGGAUCUCCUAAAGAUUCACCGAGAAUUUAAGCUUCACCCAUUAGGCAAUAUUGCCGAUUAUCCUCGUCAUAUCCCCUACAACAGCCAAAAGAAAGACUUCCAUGAGAAGACCGGACGGGACAGUUUCAAUGCGUUUCAUUACGUGUUUACGAUCCCCGGCGAUGAUGUUGAGUGGAUGGUGAUGUGGGACUACAACAUCGGACUGGUCCGCAUAACUCACUUGUUCAGGUGCAAUGGCUACACAAAGACUGCCCCUGGCAAAGUCAUGGCGAGCAUCAACGGCCUGCGCGACAUAUGCCACAGCAUCACCGGAGGCGCUCUCGCCGCUCAAGGAUACUGGAUGCCAUACGAAGCUGCUAAGGCUGUGGCAGCUACAUUCUGCUGGGAAAUCCGCCACGUUUUGACACCACUCUUCGGGACUGAUUUCCCAUCUAUCUGCAUCCCAACUGUCAACGGGAAAGCGCGUGACUUCCCAAACAUCAAGCUUGACAACUCCAUCAUCCUCCAUGCGACCCAGACCGCUAGAGCCUACCGUAGUCUUGAGCCAGAUCGGGGACCGACAAGCACUAUCGCGCGCAACCCGACCCUAGCCUCAGGCAAUGAUAAUUCUUUCGCGGAUCGCAUCCCAUACCGACAGAUACACCCAAAGGUGCCUCGCCGCAGCUACGCUGAUAGUGUUGGCAGUGUACGCGACUCUUCCUCGGAGCCCUCCUACUGUCACUCACCCCAAAGCACAGUCAUCAAUAGCUUCACCCCUGUGAAUCUGCCUCGUACAGCCGAGAAUAUCCCCCGCUCCAGCGUCCCCUCUUCAGAAGGAUCAGACAAUCCUCAAAUUCAGCACACGCUGCCCAUGCAUACAGCUGCUACAGGAAGGCUGGGGAAUCUCGGAUUGCGGAUGAAUCAACUAGCUGAGUGGCAUCACGAGCCAACGGGGUGUACCACCAUUGACGGAAUGAGCGGUGAUGAGGAGUCAAGCUUGACCUCCCCACUUAGCAGUGAUGGUUCCGACAGUGAUGACGAGGACUAUCAGGAUCCGAGCUCGAGGCGAGAGGCUCGGCUCAAAAAAGGGAAGGGGGGAGGAGAUCCCUAG